AUGGAUGGUGCAUUCUUCUCUUUAUUAGUUGAUGAAUCGCAUGAUGUGUUAGUAAAAGAACAGAUGGCGGUGGUGUUUCGUUAUGUAUACAAAAGUGGGGAUGUAAUUGAGAGGUUUGUGGGCAUUCAACAUGUUAGCGACACUACAUCAAACUCACUCAAGGAGGCUAUUGACACAUUGUUUUCAAGAGUGGAAUUGAGCAUUUCCAUGCUAAGAGAACAAGGAUAUGAUGGAGCUAGUAAUAUGAAGGGUGAGUUCAAUGGUCUUAAAACACAGAUUUUGAGAGAAAAUUCUUGCGCCUAUUAUAUUCAUUGUUUUGCACAUCAACUUCAAUUAGCUCUUGUGGCCGUGACAAAGGGAAAUGUUGAUAUUUCCACUUUCUUCACAUAUUGCAAUAGCUUGGUUAAUAUUAUUGGAGUAUCGUGUAAGUGUCGUGACAUGCUUAGAGAUCAACUACAAAAGGAUAUUACGGAAGCUUUUGAAAAAGAUACUUUUCCAACAGGGCGAGGCUUAAAUCAAGAAACUUGUCUCAAGCGUCCUGGUGAUACACGUUGGAACUCACAUUAUGGUACAUUACUUAGUAUCAUCUCCAUGUUUAAAUCUUUGGUUAAAGUGCUUAAAUUGAUUAUUGAGGAUGGCUCCACUGAUAAUCUAGGUAAAGCAAACAGGUCAUUGAGAGAAAUACAAUCUUUUGAGUUCGUAUUUCAUUUAUUUUUCAUGAGAUCUAUAUUGGGAGCCACAAAUGACUUGUCACAAGCAUUACAAAGGAAAGACCAAGACAUUGGGAAUGCAAUGACUUUAGUCAAAGUUUGCAAGGAACAACUACAACACAUGAGAGAGAAUGCAUUUGAAGCCUUGCUUGAUCAAGUAUCUUCCUUUUGUGUCAAACAUGAUAUCUUGGUUCCAAACAUGGAUGAUGCAUAUGUAGCUCAAUGGAGAUAA